AUGGUGCCUAUCGCCUUUCAAGUGGCAUCAGCCUGCGCCAAGGGGUGCCUGGCGGUGGUCCUCGGGGCUGACAAGGCCGAGGAGGCUUUGUCUCGCGGCUACCAAGCAGCGGGGGCCGUGGUCGGGACGCUGGAAGCCGUCUACUCGGCCUACAGGCAGCUUUGCUGCGAGGCGAUCGCGCCUGCCAAGGGCAGGGGCGACAAUGUAGACAUGGCGCUGACGGCCGAGGAGGCGCCCACCGCACUGCCGUCGGAGAGCGGCAAGACACCGGCAGCGCCUGUCGCCAUCGCCAUCCACGUGGUGGCUGGUGACUGCUCUGAGGAGGCGGAGGAGGCGGAGGAGGCGGAGGAGGCGGAGGAGGCGGAGGAGGAGGAGAAGGAGGAGGAGGUGCUGUGCUGCAUGAGCCUGCAGCUGUCCGGCACCAACCCGCAGACCAUGGAGCUUGCCAAGCCCAUCACCACCGCCACCUAUACGGGCUUUGAGGAGGCCUGCCCUGUCGGCACCGGCCUGGACCCCUCUGUGCAGCCCGCUCAGGACUGCGUGUCCAGCUCGGCACUGGUCAAGUCCGGCGACCGCAGCAGCAGGGCUGGCUCGCCCACCAAGGGGCUGCUGGUCUGCGACAAGUUCCGCGCCCGCAGUCCCAGCCCCAGCCCCAGCCCCAGCCCCAGCCCGCUGCCCACGACCCAGGACCCCAGCUCCGCCGCGCAUGGCACCGGCGUCGAGCUUAAAGGGGACGUGGCGUGCAGCCAGGACACCACUGCCGUGGAGGGCCCCAUGCCGCAGGCCGCGCCGUGCCGGGACGCCACCGCCAACGCCCCGGGCACCGCCUGCGCCACCGCGGACGUCGGUCCUGCUGCCUCAGAGGGCGGCCCAGCGGAGGUGGCCGCGACGAUGUUGGAGGUGGAGGUCUACAGGGACACGGCGCUCGUCACCCACGUGUUCGCCAAGAAGAUCCACCACCUGAUGAUUGACCACCACGAGUUCGGGGCCGAGCUGUGGGGGAGGGACCAAGAGGCCUACAUCUACGGGAGCGUCUGGCUGAAGGAGGGCGCGGCGCGCCCCGACUUCCUCACCUUCUACGUGCGCACCUCCCUGGAGGCCGCCCUCUGCAAGCUGCGGCUGCUCGCGCCCGGGGCGGGCUGGGACGCCGCGUCGCUGCCCAAAUACAUCUCAGACGACCUCGCCAAGGCGCUCAGGGAUCUGGAGCCGCCGCCACAAGAGCCGGCGCCCAUGAUAUUGACCAGCAGCAGGAGCAGGGCCCCGGCCCCCCAGCGCACCAAGCGCUCGCCAGACGCCGGCCAGAUGGCCCCGGCCGUAAUCCGCAGCCGCAGCACCGGCUCUAGCAGCUCAGCACUGCAGGCGAGCGCGCUGGAGCUGGACGGCAGCGCCAGCGCCUGCAAGGCGCUCUGA